GUGCUGGACACACCUCCUCCUCCUCCUCCUCCUCUUGCACCACCUCUGUUGUGGCUGCAGUCACCAGCCGGGGCAGAAGCAAGCCAAGUGUCAGGGAAAGGCAAAGAGAGCCCAGCGGGAAAGACGCACUGAGGGUCAAGAUUUGUGUUUAAAGCCACCGAUCAUGGGAAGGAAAGGCAGCCAAGCAACGUGAGAGGCCUCCCUAGGAAAUCUGAAACUGUUGUGUUUUUUCUAAUUAGAAAGCAAAGAGCUGGCAACAAUCACAGGGCCAUGGCAAACGUCACCCCGCUGAGCAUUUUGUAUGCUGCCACCACCAACUCCUCCGGGAAUGACUGCAGUGAAGAAGACUACAAGUGCAAGUUCAACGAGGAGUUCAAGUAUAUCCUGUUGCCUGUCUCCUAUGGCCUUGUGUUUGUGGUGGGCCUCUGCCUCAACCUGUUGGCUCUCUACAUCUUCAUCUUCAGAAUCAAGACCUGGAAUGCCUCCACCACCUACAUGUUCAACUUGGCCGUGUCCGAUACCCUCUACGUGGUUUCCCUGCCGCUCCUGGUGUACUACUACGGCACGGGAGAUAACUGGCCCUUCGGCGUGGCCUUGUGUAAGAUCGUCCGCUUCCUCUUCUACACCAACCUCUACUGCAGCAUCCUCUUCCUCCUGUGUAUCAGUGCCCAUCGAUUCAUGGGCAUCUGCCUCCCACUGAAGUCUCUGGAGUGGGGCCAAGUCCGGUAUGCCCGUUGGGUAUCGGGUAUCGUCUGGGUGAUCGUGAUCGGCUGCCAGUCCCCGGUGCUCUUUUUCGUCACCACCAGUCCCCGAUGCGAGAGCAUCACCUGCCAUGACACGUCCGCCAAAGAUCUUUUCGGACAGUUCAUCAUCUAUAGUUCGGUGAUGCUGGUCCUGCUCUUCUGCAUUCCCUUCCUCAUCAUCAUCGUCUGCUACUGCAUGAUGGCCCACAAGCUGCUCCAGCCCACCCGCGGCACCACCCGCAUGUCCAGCUCCAAGAAGAAGUCGCUCAAGAUGAUCAUCAUCGUCUUGCUGGUCUUCAUCGUUUGCUUCUUGCCUUUCCACAUCACCCGCACCUUGUAUUAUGCCUUCCGCAGCUGGGACCUGAGCUGCGGGACCCUCAACGCCAUCAAUUUGGCCUAUAAAGUCACCCGGCCGUUGGCUAGCACCAACAGCUGCUUGGACCCCAUUUUGUACUUCUUGGCGGGGCAAAAGUUUGUGAAAUUUGCUUGCCCCAAAACGCCAGCAAAGGACGGGAACCAAACUGGUUCAGACAGCACAGCCAACUGCCACAAGCGUGCCAGAGACCAUCUAGCCAUGAAAGCUAAAGGCAUGGUUUCUUAGCACUUUGCCUUCCUGAGCUCACCUGUUUGCACAGUAUUACCUACCUGUGGGCUGGAUUUUCCAUACCGCAUGGAGUGGGUUUAUGUUUUCAGCUCCUGGGACCCUGGGAGGGCACUUUCAGCCUGAACCAGCAGGAGAUGGUACAGCAACAGGGAUGUCCAUGUGUGUGUACAUCCCCUUCCCAAAGCACUUCUAGGUAGCUGGGUGCUAGUGAGCAUGUGGUCUAAUCCUGGUAUCCGUUUAGAGCAAAAUAGAAAUUCAUGUAUCCAAGCGGCCUGCAAGGAUGAUCUCUAUCCUACAGCACAGCAGACAGGUAAUUAGGAGCUGCCAGGAAGACCGGCUCCCUGUGUAGUAAGAGGCCAGGUGACGCAGUGGAAGGUCUUAGAGCUGGUCUAUACAAAGAGUGUGUCCCACGUUAACAUUGCUCCUGAUCUGUAUCACUUCUGUUUGCAGAUGGAGGGGAGGGUCUGGGUCACGUGUCUGAAUGCUAAAAAAUCUCUGCACAUAGAAAACUAGAAUGGCAGGCAGAAAACCCAGCUCAAAACUUUCUCCACAACAUCUAGAUUUCUGUGUACAAGAAAUCUUCUAUUUUUGAGAUAAUUCAGCCGUGCUGUCACCAACCUGCAACCUGAAGUGGUGCGGUCCAGGGACACUUUUAUCACCUCUCCGGCUCUUUGGAUAGACUAGGGUUGCCAAGUUCUGAUCCGGUCCCUGUAGCUAGCUGUCUGAAUUAGAUCUGCAGCAGCAAUCUACAGCUUAGCUUUAUACCAUGAAAAGCUUCAGCACCUGAUUCUUGCAAGUCUGUCAAAAUCAGAGGAGCAGCAGUGGCCAGUUUUUGCCUGGUCAGUUGACAACCCUAGUGUAGUCAUCCAGUUGGACUGGGAAGACCUGGAUUCAAAUCCCUUCCCAGCCCUAAAGUUCACUGCAUUUCCAUGAGCAAGCUUUCUAUUGCAUAGGUCCUGCCCCUUUCCAGAUGGAGAAGAACUGGCCCUGUUGACCUAUGAUUUUAUAACCGCUAGGCUUGACUACUACAAUGCACUUUACAUGGGGGAAGCUCUUAAAGAUGGCUGAGAAGCUUCCACUGGUGCAAAAUAUGGUGGUUCAUCUUUGAACAGGCCUGGGAGGUCCCAUCACAGCCAAUAAGGUCGUUCACAUCAUGACAAAGUAGGGUGGGCUGCGGGGGAGGCAGGAUCCUAUCUACCUUCCCACCCCCAGACAACUGGAGCUUCUUUGGGGCUCCACCGCUCACGUUCCCACUUGACCGGCACGGUGGUGGUCUCCCAAAGUGGGAUCGAGAGGAGGAAGUCCUCCCGCAUCCCACAAUGCACUGCGUGAGCAGUGAAGAGACAGCCUGUGGCAAUGCAGCCGUACUUCUCUCGCUGGCCGUGCUUCACACCGGGCUCUAUGGCCGCCACUCCUGGCAGCCAUUUCAAGAGCCACGGGGCUCCAGACCACCACAAAGGGAGGUCGGCUGGGCUCUGUUUCCCUCCUACCUCGCUUUGUGCCCGGGUAGCGGAACUGGGCUACCCAGGUCUGGAGCAGCUGGGCCGGGAAGCCUCCUGGUCGCCACCCCGACAACACGAGCUACUUGGAUGAACUCUCUCCUCUCCGGGCAGCUCAUGUCGUGAGAAUGGGCUCCCUGUGUGUCAUGCCGCUUCGGUUGUGUGCCCAGCUCACGGUGCGGGUGUGGAGCUACAGAGCCUCCCACUGCCUGCAGCUCGCAUACCUGGGAGACCUCCUCUCCCUGUACUGGUCCGCGGACCAGUUGUGGUCAGAUGAUCAGCACCUCACGCCCUCUUUGCCGGAGUUUAGAACUGUGACCGCAAGACGCAGGCCUUUGCCGUGGCAGCCCACGACUCAGGAACCUGCUCCUAGAUGUGAAGAACCUCCUUCAGGCCUGCUUCUGUAGAGCGACCCCCCUCCCAGCCUAGAACACCAUAAGGCAGGGGCGGGGGCAUAGCUAGGGGAGAGGGGGGCCCUGUUUGCCCCUCUCCCCAGUGGCCUCUUGGAGUGAGGGAGAUAAUGGAGAACAUAGGGAGGGGUGGAGCUGGGGGGGGCCCUCAGGAGCUAGGGGACCUGGGCUCUUUGAAUGCAUCUGCUCAAUUAUAGCUACACCCCUGGGUGGGGGGCCUCAACCUGUCCCCCCCCCCCCGAUGUUGCUGAACUACAACUUCCAUCACCUCCCGCCACCAUUUGUCGUGGGAAUCCCGGCCAUAAGGGCUGUAAAACUUUGUAACAAGGGCAUUUUAAACCUUUUGGUCAGUGUUUGGUUGAUUUCGUUGUUUGGGGGCUGUUUUUUAGGAUGAUUCUUUGCUGUUUCAUUGUAUGAUUUUUAUCUCAUUGUGUUGUUUUUAAAUAGUUUACAAAGCUCUGACCAUUGGGAAAGCAGCCUAAAUAGAUAUAAUAAAUAUGAUAUUAAUAAUAAUGCCAUUUAGCUGGUGUUAUACUAACAUAGCAGAGACCUAUCAGAAAGAUAGGUAGAUGAUCAUUUUGCAUAACUGAGUUUUCGGCGGCGGACUACUAUAAUUAAGGUUGCCAUGUUUCUAUGCUGGCUCUGCUCCUCUGCCUGUUACAGCUGCCUGCCUGGCAGGAAUUUAGCAGGAGAAGCCUUUCCUGGCAUGGAGAGGAACUGGUGGGGACAGCUUCACCUGCUAAAUUUCUGCAAGUUUUACAACCGCUGAAAAAGUUGAAGAGCUCUGCAAAAAAUUAAGUAUUCCCUUCCUCUGAGGCAAUACUCAGAGGAGAGAUGAAGGACCUGCCCCCAAUGAUGGAGUAAUGCUGAUCUUGUCUAAACUAAAACAAAUAAAACAGAAACACGGCAACAUAGUAGGAUUGCCAACUGACCAGAAACACAUGAUCUGUCCUGUUCCUAUGCCUUUAACACUAGCCAUGAUCUGCGGAAAUCAGCAGCAGGAGCUUAUGGUGGCUUGGAAGAAGCAAGAUCGUCAACUAAUGGCUGCAGAUCCAACUGCUCUGAAAAGAGCAGCAAGUGUGAGACCUUGGGUUGGGGUGGUAUAAAAAUGCACUAAAUAAAUAAAUAAUAAGUGUUGUAAUAAGUUGGUAAUCCAAUCCCAUGGACAGGAUAUCUGUGGAACUCUGCUUCAGAUACAAUAAUGUAUACCAAGAAAUUGCAUAAGAUCUUUGUGGCAAAACAUUUUAUUUUUGUAACUAUGUCCAUGUCCUAUUAUUUCUCUUGAUAAAUGAUUUCUUGUGUCUGCUA